GUGCUGCAUAAGCCUCCUGUGGCCCGGACAGGAGAAUCAAAUGACCAUGAGCGACCAGGGUCAAGGCUGGGAUUUGUCGCGAUGGCACCUGAGCAAGCAUCAGAUCAAACGACCAGCAAGAAGGCUACUAGACGACCCCUCUCAGCACAAUCCAAACGAACAGCAACUCCAUCUAGUGGUGAAAAGAAGAAAGGUCACUCUGAUCCAGCAGGGGAUACCAUAACCAAUGUAUCGUCACAGCAGGAGAAUUCCCCUGAGGUCAAAGUCACAGGUUUCACUGAUAGGGAGAUAGAAAUCCAAAAUCUCAUGAAGAAACAUUUAACAAGACCUUUGUCUUCCAUCUCUAAUAAUCUCCCCUCACCCAAGUCGCCAAAGUCACCAAAAUCACCCAAAUGUAAAAUUCCGAAAUCUCCCACUGUUGUGUCAUCAGCUAGAUCGGGGUCAAAACCUUCAUCGGCAAGGUCAGAGUUGAAGGUAGGCUCGCCAAGGUCAAAGAAGGAGAAGACGAUUGACGAUAUGAUUGAGAAGCACCUGAAGCGUCCAGCGUCUGUGUUCACACCUGAUGUUAUGAAUGAAUCAAUGGGUGAUUCCUCGCCAUCACCGCCGUCAUCUCCAGUACCUGUUGUCAAGGAGACAGAUUCAUCAACACUACCACUACCAGGCACAAAGACCAGCAAAAGUGGUAUCAAUAGUGCUACAUCACUACCAAGUCCAAAGUCCACCCUAGUUUCUGAGCUGUCUACUGCUGAAAG